AUGACACGCGCUAUAUCAGCGAUACAGUUUACCAACAGCAAGAUCUGGAUGAAUGGUCCUUCCUGGAUAACCAAACCAUUAUAUUGGCCAACAUGGCAUACUAACGAUGCGACAGUGAUGACAACGGUAUCGAGUGCUUCAUUAGAGUAUGAACAAGGGAGACAACCGCCACAAUAUUCACCAGAAUCGCGUACAGAGUUACGUAACGUUAUUGACGUAACUAAAUUCAGCAAGUACACGAAGCUUCAACGAGUGACAGCGUAUGUAUUACGGUUCAUAAAUAAAUGCAGAGAGAAAACCUACCCACAUCAUGAUCAACUGACAACUAGUGAACUACAGAAAGCAGAGAAAGUCUUACUACACAGCUGCCAACAUAAUACUUACCAGGAAGAGAUUACAAACCUGAGAACAGUUCGUUCGAGACCCAAUCAGACCCGACUCCCGAUUGUGAAACAGUUACGACUCUUUCUUGAUGAAGAUGGUUUCCUUCGAUGUGGAGGGAGAAUCCACAAUGCAGAUCUUGAUGAAGAGGCUAAAUUUCCAUAUUUAAUACCGGCCAAAGAUCCACUUACCCGACUCCUUGUUGCCGACGCUCACGAGAGACUUCUUCACGCAGGACAGAACUCAGUUAUUACUUACCUUCGCCAGAAGUAUUGGAUACCUUCCAUACGUCAGAGUGUUCGUACAGUACUUCGUAGAUGUCUUGUUUGCCGUAGAACAGAAGGGAAGGCAUACUCAGCCCCAGACCCACCCCCAUUACCGCAAUACAGAGUAGAAGACGCACCACCAUUCACUGUAACUGGUGUUGAUUUCUCCGGAGCUCUCUACGUUCGAGAUAAUUCCAACAACGAGACCAAAGCAUACAUCUGCCUCUUCACGUGUGCGUCCACCAGAGCCGUACACUUGGAACUUGUACCCAACCUUUCCGAAGAGGCCUUCCUGCAAGCGUUCAGACGAUUCACCAGUCGUAGAUCCGUUCCCACACUGAUGAUUUCAGACAACGCCUCCACAUAUGUUGCAGCCUCCAACCAUAUACAACGCCUGUUCGAAUCCCAGACAGUACAAGACGCUCUUAGCAUGAAAGGUACCCAGUGGAAGUUCAUCCCGAAACGUGCUCCAUGGUACGGCGGCUGGCUGGAACGUCUAAUUGGUCUCACGAAGUCAACACUGAAGAAGAUACUGGGUCGAUCCUACAUCAGUUUCGAUGCAUUACAGACAGUCGUCACAGAGAUAGAAGCCGUGAUGAAUGACAGGCCACUCACAUAUGUAACAUCCGGUUCGUCAGAUCCAGAACCCCUGACUCCAGCUCACCUUCUCUACGGCCGGAGAUUAACUACUUUACCCUACCAGAAAUCUACAGAUGAUUCAGCGACGAAUACUAACCUUAACAGUGGUGUUGACUUAUCUCGACAAGCCAGACUUCAGCAGAAGGUCGUACACCAUUUCAGAGAUAGGUGGCGCCACGAGUACCUCACCGCCUUACGAGAACAUCACCAGACGACAGGAAUCAACAAGCAGAAGAUAAACGUUGGAGAUGUCGUCCAAAUUCAUGAUGAAUCUCCCCGUUCCCAAUGGAAGCUUGCGGUCGUGCAAGAACUAAUUUACGGAAAUGACGGAUAUACCAGAGCAGCCAAAAUAAGAACGAGUAACGGUAUUACGAAUAGACCCAUUGUGAAAUUGUAUCCAUUGGAAAUGAAGUGA